GCCGGGGAAGGGCCCGGCCAAACCCCGAGGCGGUCAGGGCACGGCCAAACCCCGAGGCGGUCAGGGCAGGCGCUGGCCCCGGCCCCGAGGCUCCGACGGCGGCCCGGCUGCGCCAGCCUCCUCUCGCUCCGCUGCCCCUCCUCCCCCACGCCGCGGGUGUCGCGGAGGGGCCGCGGGGCGGGCGCCCGGCGGGGCUCCGCGGGACGGGCCGUGCUGCGCUGCUCCCCCCGGGCCGGCCCCGGCGGAGGGCGGGUCCGGGUCCGGGCCCGGUGCACCUGCCGGGCGCCUCGGCGCGGCGGCGCUCGGCGGAGUCAUGCCGGCCGCCAGCACAGCCGGGCUGGACGGGCUGCGCUCCUCUGCGCUAGGGAGGGACAGCGGCGGUCCCCGCGGAUACACAGGGCAGUGCAGCCGCCUUCUCUCGCCCCAGUUCGGCUCACUGCAGGUCCUUCACGGCAACGGCACCGAUGUGGGAACAGUGGUCACGUUCCAGUGCCCUGCUGAGCACCAGCUGGAGGGACCGGGCAUCGUCACCUGCGUUUGGAAAGGGAACAGCACGCAGUGGACAGCCGGAGUGCCCUCCUGCAAACCCAUAUCAAAGUAUGAGACUUUUGGCUUUAAGGUCGCAGUGAUUGCCUCCAUUGUGAGCUGUGUUGUCAUUUUGCUGAUGUCCAUGGCUUUCUUAACUUGCUGUCUGAUCAAGUGUGCAAAGAAAAGUGACAGGAGGAGAACUCAAAGAGAAAUGCAGCUGUGGUACCAGCUAAGGACUGAAGAAUUAGAGCACAUGCAAGCUGCUUGCUUUGGUUUUAAGGGAAGAAACAAUAACAACAAUAAGAAACUCAGGAAUACAUCUGUAUUUGGUGAUGUGACUAACACGGCAUAUGAUACCCAAGGCUUCUACAGACAUGCAAGGUCCCAGGAAGAGCAGACUCGAGAUGUCGUAGUUCCUGGGUGUUGCAAAGACAACAGUCACCUGCUGAAGGUAGCCAAGAGCAAUGGUGCACCUAGGGAACACACAGUACUGGGACACAACACUGCACUGCAGACGGUGAACUCCAUACAUGUUGUUGAAGUCGACAUUCAUAAGAAUAGUUUCAACAAACUGACCUGCCAGAUAUCUGGAUAGCUGGUGUCUGAAAUGCAGCUGCUUCUCUGGACCAAAAUGAAAUAUUGAUAGAUGUGCCUUAAAGACAACAUAGAACAUUCAUUAUUAAUAUGAACUGUAAGUUUUCUAUAUUCCAAGAUGGCUAUUUAAGAGAAAUGCUUCAAGGUCUGAUACAACUAAAGAUAUGAAUAUUUGGGCUGUCAGUCCAGAGCUGUUCUCUGCGGUGUGCUGUGCAGUGUGACCAUGGCAAAAGAAUAAUGUCCUUCUGCAUAGCUAGAGAGGUGGUACCCAGUUUGCAUAUUUGCCUCAUAUGAAGUUGCUGAUAAUAAUUACACACCCCUCAGAUUCCAAUGUUCUCUGAAUCAGUGGGUUUUGUAAGAAUUUCAGAAAGAAAAGUCUCCCAUAUUUUUACAAAGUAGCAUGAAAUAGAGCUACAGAAAAAAAAUUGGUUUUAAUUAAAUGCCCCAUUGUUUUGUAUCAGAAAGAUCUUUAAUUCAUCUGCUCUGUCUUUAGAGAACAUGUGAGACUGAGUGCCGCAAAGGCCCAUCUGCAGGUCUGCCAGCCUGUGGGAGGGGAGAUGGCACAUGGAGGGAUGUGGUGUUGUGCUGUGGCACACCUUGGGGCCACCUGUGACCUCCUGUAGCUUCUACAGGUGUCCCAGUGCAAGAGCAGUUGGUGUGCAGGUGGGGACAGCGGUGCAGCCUUCCUGGAGCAGCCAGCUCAGGAUUGCUGCAGGAUCAUCCCUGUGAGACCUCUCUAAAUAAAGGUAGCUACUGAGGUAGCUUUUGAAAGCC